AUGGAGUCUUUUUGUGAAUUUGCUUACAAUUUGCAGGAGAGUCAUGUAUCGGGUUUAGCUGCGUGCUUGCGUGAGGUUCCUUCACUUUACUUCAAGAAGGAUUUUGCCCUUGAGUACGGCGCUGCAUUUCGUUCCGUUUGUCCAUUCUCAAGCUUCACGGAGAAUCCAGCGCUUCAAGAGACGCUGUCACAAUAUCUUGAUGUGGUGGAGCUGCAUCUUGUGAAGGAGAUCUAA